GGGUUAGUCGUUGGCUGGAUAUUCACGAAGAAGGUAUUGAUCGCGUCAAAAUUAAAGUGCGCUUUGUGUGAAAGGGUUGAAAGUAUUUUAAAAACUGUUUUCGAAAAACCCCAACAUUGAUAUGGAAAUCAAAUGAAUCACCUCGUGGAUUAUGCAAAUUCGGAAGAUGCUGUUACAAAUCUUUAGCUUGAAAUGAUGACUCGCGGCGAAAUUAAAAUGUUUAAUAAAUUACUGAGAAUGAAUCAUGUGUAAUGCAGAUAAAGGAGGAAUGAUUAAAACCGCAGUUUAAAAAUCUUCUCGACUUCGGCCCACUCAUCAAUAACAGCAGCAGUAAAAACAAGUUUUAAAACAUUCAACUGUGAUCCAAGACCACAGAAAUGGACUUAACCAACUGCGGCUUCAUCGAUUCGCAGGCUACGCUGAGUGCAGCUUUGGCCAAGAAAGACAUCCGGCUGUUCGUCGAGGCACUGGACAGCGGUGCACAGGCCGCUCUGCAGGACGACCGCCACACAUGCAUCUACGAGAAGGCACUAUCCACACCAGGCUGCCGGGAUUUCAUAGAGGCCUGCAUCGACCACGGCUGUCAGGUCAACUAUAUUAAUCAAAAGCUAAACAAGGCCGCAAUCAACUAUGCCGCCGACUCAAGGGAUCCCGGAAACCUGGCCGCCCUCCUGAGAUACCGCGCGGGAGCAAAAGUCCGAGUGAAUAGAAAGUACGCCCAGCUCACCCCACUCAACUCGCUGGCUAAGAAUCUCACAGAAGAAAACGCCUCAGAUGUACUCUCCUGCAUAAAGCUGCUUUUAGACUACGGGGCCUCUCCAAAUAUAAUUGACCAAGCCGAUUUCACGCCUCUGCACCACGUGUUGAGGAAAAGCAAGGUGAAGGCUCAGAAGCGGGAGUUGGUGCAGCUCUUCGUAAAUCACCCUGAGCUAGACAUCGAUAGCCAUCGCAAUGGAGAAGUGCGCCGGCUACUGGAGGAGCAAUUCCCGGAGCUGGCAUUGCCCAAAGAGCGCCUGAGCGGUACAGAGAUUGACGGACAAACUCUUCGACAGACUCUGCGGUACGGAGAAGACGGCCUGUUUGAGCAGCAAUUUGCCGAGUACCUACAGAGCCACGAGGGCAAUGCGGACAACCAAGAUGAGUUCUUUAGCCUUCUGCAGGAGAGCAUCAAGCUAGGCAAGCAUAAUGCCUUCGAAGCCAUCAUCGCCUCUGGAGUCGACAUUAAUUCAAAGCCCGACAAAACCAACGAGGCCACUAUCGUCGAAUUGGCCGUAAUCUGUGGCAACUGGCAAGCGUUGGAACGACUGCUGAAGGAGCCAAACCUGCGGCUGAACUCCAAAUCCAGGUUACUGAAUGCAGUAAUCGGUCGCCUAGAGGAAACGCCAUACGAAAGCUUCAACCAUCAGCGCUGCUUUGACUUGCUCCUAGAAAACGAUUGCGUGGACGUUAACGAGGCUGAUACUGGUCGUCAAGUGCCCCUUUCCUAUGCGGUGAAAUACCGUAAUACGACGGCUAUACAGAAACUCCUAAAGCACGGCGCCUACAUUGGUUCUAGGAGCUCCUUCGGAACGCUGCCCAUCAAGGACAUGCCACCCGAGGUGCUGGAGGAGCACUUUGACUCCUGCAUCACCACAAACGGAGAAAAGUCCGGAGAACGUAAUUUCGAGAUCAACAUCGACUUCAAGAAUCUGAUUCGCCAGGAGAGAGACAUUGGAGUGGGUAAGCCUGCCGCCCCCUCCAAUCAACUCCACGACGAAAUGGCCCCCAUUGCUUUCAUAGCUGAGACGAAGGAGCUGCGCCACCUGCUGCAUCAUCCGGUGAUCUCGAGCUUCCUCUUCCUCAAGUGGCACCGUCUUUCCACGAUCUUCUACAUUAACUUCCUGCUCUACUCACUAUUUACCGCCUCAAUCAUCACCCACACACUUCUUAAAUUUCACGAGAGUGAUCACAGGGCUCUCACCGCCCUAUUCGGAAUUUUUUCCUGGCUAGGAAUUGGCUAUCUAAUUAUUAGGGAGGCCAUCCAGUUCAUGAUGUCUCCAGUUCGGUAUCUUUUGUCCAUUACUAAUAUUAUGGAGGUCGUUCUGAUAAUACUUUCUAUAUGUACCUGCAUUGAAUCCAAUUUCGACAAAGAGACGAAGCGCGUCUUGGCGGUGUCCACCAUCCUGCUAGUCUCCAUUGAAUUCUGCCUGUUGGUGGGCUCCCUACCAGUGCUGUCCAUUUCAACGCACAUGCUCAUGCUUCGGGAGGUCUCGAGCAGCUUCUUGAAGUGCUUUGCCCUCUACUCGAUAUUUGUAUUGACCUUCAGCCUGUGCUUCUACAUCCUCUUCGGUAAGCCGAUGGAGGAUAGCGCCACGCUGGACCAGGAUUCUGGGAAGGAGGAAGAAGACGGUGGGGACUUCAACACGUUCACCAAGCCUAUCGAGGCCCUGAUCAAGACCAUUGUGAUGCUGACGGGCGAGUUCGAUGCAGGGGACAUUAAGUUUACGAGUAUCUACACCUACCUGAUCUUCCUGCUUUUUGUGUUCUUCAUGACGAUUGUGCUGUUCAACCUGCUGAACGGUCUAGCCGUGAGCGAUACCCAGGUUAUCAAGGCGCAGGCGGAGCUGAACGGGGCCAUCUGCCGGACCAACGUGCUGAGUCGGUAUGAACAGGUUCUGACUGCACACGGACGAGCCGGGUUCUUGAUGGGAAAUAAUCUUUUGCGGACUAUCUGCCAGCGAUUGAUGAACAUUUACCCCAACUACCUAAGCCUGCGUCAGAUUAUCGUGCUGCCGAACGAUGGCAGCCAGGUUAUUAUACCCACUAAUGAUCCCUUCGAGAUGAGGACGUUGGAAGGCAAAAGUCAGGCCAGCUUUCAGAAACUGCCCAUGAGUGCCGGUGAGCCCCAGAAGAAGUUUCUAGACCCGCCUCUGAAGCUCUUGCCCUGCUGCUGCUCCGUAUUCACUGGAAGGUGCUCCCAAAUGGACGGUCGGACGGUCAAGAUGGCCCUGGCGGUGAUCGACCAAAAGAACAGCGCGGUGCAGAGGCGAAAGAAGGAACAGAUCAACGACAACCGAAUGAAACUGAUCGAGCACCAGUUGGAGCAGUUGAUACAGCUAGUCCAGGAGCGAAACUGAUGGAGACUCGAUCAGGUGCUUUGCAAUAGUAUUAACUUCUUUAAUAAGCCAAGAUCUAACAAUGUUUUUUAUUAACAUAGGUAAAAUAAAAUUUAACAAAAACCA